UGUGUGAGGUAUCUAAGGUAUCCCACAUCAUAUGGUCGACGUCCGUAAGAAGCAAAUUGCAUGCAUUAUGUCCACCCCCAGAGGCUAUGUAUGUUGUUUUUGUCGGCAUCUCCUUUACAGGCCACACAGCUGUUGUCCUUCACACAACCAGCCAAGCGCCCGCCCGUCCUUCUACUGCAUUCCAUCACCAUCCAGCGAGCUUUGAAUAGCACUGCGACCAUCUAUUCAUUCUAUCCCAAGCAUCCUUCAAACCUAGCCAUCUCUAUCGUCCGAUCGUUUCGUUGCCCAAUCGAACACACGCACUGAGUAGCUGACUGCCCAAAUAUCAUUUCACAGCGUAAGGCUUUUUACGACUUACACUGGACUCACAAACAAGAUACAAGAUCAUAGACUUGGAUUCUUCAGUUCACGUCGUCGUAAGUCGUCCUUCUGUAUAGUUAUUGUCAAUAAGAUUUCUAACUGUUCGAACCCAACCAGGACUUC